UUGAGCAAAAGAAAACAACAACAUUGAUUCUUUCGCUUGGCGCGAAUUUGUUAAUAAGAAAUGAACGGAUCACGAAAACAGAGGCCGUUAAAGACCGUGCGCCUGGGUGAUCUACUUUAUGACGAACAUAAACGGCUCCUGGUCCUCUGCCGGAGCUGCGAGAGUCAUUUUAUGACCCUACAGUCGUUCCACAAUCACCUAAACAUCUGCCCCGGAAUUAAACAUAUAGUAAAGUCUACAGAUGAGCUCAGCUUUGAUGAAACAAGAAGGGAGAGCCUAAUGGUCAGCGGAAAGCAAAAGGUCUUCAUCUACGACAUUGACGCGGUGAAAAAUGCAAGCAAUCCUUUAAGUUGUACCCUUGAUUUGGAAGCUGAGCUGGAAAAUCCACGAUGGUACGAAAAUAAUAAUGACAACCAAACCGAAACCAAAUCUACGACGGCCAAAGAAAAUGUGGGGAAGGAUAUAAAACUGGAACUGCGUCUCGAACCGCCUGAAACAGAGGAGAGUCCUUCAAAGCGGCCAGACAGAUCUUCCUGUCCCCAAAUGAGGAUUCUUACGUACCAGCCGCAACGCAAAAAGCGCACCAGCCUGCCACCACCACAAGCUUCAGCGGCGAAAAGGAAAAACGACACGCUCUUGGUACCCAAAGUUAUGGAAGACCUGAGACGCCUUCAGGAGUCGCCGAAAAAACCGACUCGUCCAGCGCAAGCUUUUCAACCUCCCUCCCCGCCCAAGCCAAGGCCUCCUCCCAUGGUCUCCAUACCGAUAGAUAACACUCAAAAGAUUCUGAACAAGCUGCGGGCCUGUGGGGUGCAGGUGAAGCGGGGAAGCACACACAUAAAUCCUAGUCCUCCAGCCGACGAAGAUAAAACCAAAAAUAAGGAAGCUCUUGAAAUCAUGAGGAAGUUGCAGUCGAAGGGUAUCCGGUGUACCAAAGUUAGAAACAAGUAGGGCCCAUAGAAGUAAGUGCUUAGCAAUAAGGACAUUUAAAAAUAAAUUAAACUGGCUGAGAUAGAGUAUU